AUGGCGUCUUUCCACAUUCGAUCGAAUAGUUUCCCAUCUCAGUCACACCCGACUGCAAAAGACGUUGAAGGUCACUUGGAGAGGCUAAAGGCCUCACAAGACGCCUCAACAUCUACCAUUUGCAAAAACUUAGCUAGCCUUAGAGAUUUACACGAGGGAAUCAAUGAUAUGGUCCAGAGGUCUUCAAUCCAACAAGAGCUUGCCCUUCUACAAAACGAAAAUUGGACAAAUGAGUUGCUCGAGGGAUCUCUAAGGCUAGUCGAUCUCUGUGGGUUUUCAAGAGAUGUUUUGUGUUUGACCAAGGAAUCCAUUCAAGAGCUUCAAUCCUCCAUUAGAAGACAAGCAGACGAUGCCGAUGCUUACGCGGUAUCGAGAAAGAAAGUCAACAAGAUGGUCAACAAAUGCAUCAAGAACAUGAAGACCUCCAACCAAAAUUCCUCACCAAUUUCCCCCACUGGGAAAAUCCUUAAAGAGGCCGAGUCACUUGACCUGUCAAUUCUCAAGUCUUUACUGGUAGUCUUAUCCGGGCAAAAGGAUUCACCAACCAACAAAAGUUGGUCGACAUUGCUUUCAAAGUUCACACAAAGUACAAACCGUGUACAUUCUGAGGCCGACCGAGAAAGUGGUGACAUGGAUCUUUGUUCUUUGAGCAUUCACAAAUCAACGAAGAACAUUGACAGAAGAACCAUGUUGAUGCAGUUAAGAGCAUCCGAAAUGAUCGUUCAAGAAAUCGAAGAGUGUGUAGAAGCCUUAUUUAGAAGCUUGGUCAGAACUAGAGUUUCCCUUCUUAAUGCUAUUAGCCAAUAG